CCCUCUACGAACCACCGAAGAAGAAACCCGGACGUGGGGCAGCAGUCAGACGCUGGCCGACAGAACAACAACAACAACAACAACAUCCUCCUCCUACUCAAACUCGGAGGAAGACUCCGCGGGCAGUAUGGCCUUCAUCACGGCCAACUGGAACCCCCUCGGGGAGGCCUUCUACAGGAAGGUGGAGCUGUACCAGAUGUCCUGGGUUCUGCGGGACGGACUGAGAGACUCUCUGGUCGCUGCUGCUCCAUACGGAGGACCCAUAGCGGUGAUGAAGGAGUCCCAGUGUCUCUCUCCCAGUGUUCGUCCUCAGCUGGAUAUCUACACAGCAUCAGGUGUUACCAUGGCAACCUUCCCGUGGAAGAGCGGCCCGGUGGUGCAGCUGGGCUGGUCGGUCAGCGAGGAGCUGCUCUGUGUGCAGCAGGACGGGACGGUGCUGAUCUACGAUCUGACGGGGGCCUUCCUGAGGCACUUCAGCAUGGGACAGGAGGUCGUCCAGUCUCACGUCUCGGAGGCUAAAAUCUUCCACUCACCGUACGGGACGGGCGUUGCCAUAGUGACCGGCUCCUCCCGCUUCACCUUGGCAACCAACAUCGAUGACCUCAAGCUGAGGAGACUGCCUGAGGUCCCAGGUCUGCAGGGUGCUCCGUCCUGCUGGGCGGUCCUGAAUCAGGACAGACAGACCAAAGUCCUGCUGGCCAACGGCCCGGAGCUCUACCUGCUGGACAACACCUGCUGCACCUCCGUGGUCCUGCCAGGUGGGUCCCCUCUGGACGGUGUGUUCGUCCACAUCGCCGUCUCCUUCAGCUAUAAGUACCUCGCCCUGUUCACCGACACGGGACACCUGUGGACGGGACUCGCCAACCUGCAGGUAAGACCCGCCCACAGCCAGGUUAGACCCCACCCACCUGCAGGUAAGACCACGCCCACAGCCAGGUUAAACCACACCCACCUGCAGGUAAGACCACGCCCACAGCCAGGUUAAACCACACCCACCUGCAGGUAAGAACACGCCCACAGCCAGGUUAGACCCCACCCAUCUGCAGGUAAGUCCACGCCCACAGCCAGGUUAAACCACACCCACCUGCAGGUAAGACCACGCCCACAGCCAGGUUAAACCACACCCACCUGCAGGUAAGACCACGCCCACAGCCAGGUUAAACCACACCCACCUGCAGGUAAGACCACGCCCACAGCCAGGUUAAACCACACCCACCUGCAGGUAAGAACACGCCCACAGCCAG